AUGUGGCGCUCAGCACCAAGCCUCGUGGCUGUGGGCGCGACGCUAGGCGGGCUGGAGCUGACCACCACGCUGAACAACGGCGGCGACGUCGCGGACGUCGCACAGGCAAAUAACAUGCGGUCACGCAAGCGCUCGCCGGUCGAUGUGAGGUUUUGGUCCGAGCAAGGCCGAGGCGUCAUCGCGAUGAGCUUUGGCGUCGCUCACGGCGCGGCGCUAGAUGACGCGGGCGAGCUGUGGGCGUGGAACGUCGAGGACCGCGAGCCCAUCAAGCUCGCAGCGGCGCCAAGCCGGUGGCUAGGGCUGGCGCGCGGGCGAUACACCAGCCUCGCAUGCUCUGGAAACGGGUUGUACGCCGUCACCUCCAGCGGCGCACUUCUCCAUUGGUCCAGCGUCGCGGUUCCGGAUGCCGCGCCCACCAGGGCGUGCUCCACCGCCGCAGCAUCGGGAACCCCCGCGCCGCCAUCGCCGGUGCGUCUUGGAGGCGCUCUUGCUGCCGUCUCAGCGACGGCGGUCGCCGCGAGUGACGUGGCGGUGCUGGACGACGGCUCGGCCUUCGCGUGGGGGGACGACCGCCACCUGCAGCUCGGAUUGCGAGACGACUCCAUCAAGGCGUUGCGGCGAGGCGCCACCCAUGCCUCACGCCCGGCGGCUGUGAGCGGGCCGUGGCUCGCCGACGGGCGGGACGGGCGGGUGCGAGCCGUCGCCGCAGGCGGCGGAGGCACUGAGGGCGGACACACCGCCUUCCUUGUCGAGACCACGCGUGGUGACGAGCUCUACACGUGCGGAUACGGCCGGUGGGGCGCCCUCGGCGCGCGCGCCUUCUCUCACAUUGCCGGCUUGAGGCCGGUCACGACGCUCGCGUCGCUCCGGGAGUACGACGAGGCCCUGGGGCGGGUGGUGCCUCUGCGGAUCCUCGGCGUCGCGUGCGGCGACGCCCACACCGCAGCUGUGCUCUCGAGCGGCAACGUCUUCACAUGGGGGUGGAACGACGGCGGGCAGCUCGGCGAUGGGGGUAAGGCGGCCACACACACGCCUGUCAUGCUCAAGGCGCCGGCUGAGUUUCGGCUCUCGCGCUUCGCUCACGUCGCGUGUGGGCCAGCCUCGACGGCUGCUUGGUCGUGA